GCAAAAAGAGAUGCUUGGAAAGCAGCAAGCCCAGCCUUAGAACGGGAGCUACGUGGCGCAUCGGUAACCGGGAUUAAGAAACUCAACUCAUGCACCGGGAUUCCGGCAGCGGGCAGGAGCCCGGAGGAGAGCACAGCGAACCCAGCGGGAUGCCAACGCUUCAACCGCCUCUCUCCGCGGAUCCAGUUUAACCCAGACUCCAUUCCAGUCGGGAAAAGCACCCGGAGAGCCGCCGUGCCCUCCCCUGGACGGCAUCGAGGGCUCCAACAGCCCAGACCCGGUCCGAGGGCUGCGCACUCCAUGCGCCCGCAGGCGGGAGCGGCACCGAGGUAAAAUGCGGCUCGCUGUCAGGAUUUUACAAGCGGGAAUAUUCUUCCUUCCCUAUGCCAAACAGUGACUGUGUGUGCUCUCGUUCUUUACUUCGACCGUGGAGGAAAUUUAAGCAAGAACAUGUACAGUGAAUUGCUAAACUCAACCAGUGCCACCGAAGCUCACCUCAUCCUUCAGACCAACACUCCCUACCUGGGCAGCACGCAGCGACCCGUCAGCUCCUCCGCCUUCUACAUGUCGACAGCCAGGGUGCUAAAAGAAGGCGAGAUCAACAAGCCCGACCUGGUGACUUACAUCAUCCUCUUUUUCUUUCUGCUCUUGACUGUGACACUCAUCGUGCUCUUCAUUAACUGCCAGCUGAAAAUCUUUUUUGCUACUCUUCCUUACGACAGAUCCCUCCGGGAAGCGAGGAGCCCGUGGAGGACACAGGCUGUGUGACACGAGGGGGAAAACAGCGUCUUCCAGCAGCAGCAGGGAGCAGCAGCGCUGUGCAGCACAGCAUUCUCGUCCGCAUGGCAGCGGGUGGCUUCGACCCUCCUUAAAAUAAUAGGCUGCGCCGCAGGGAAAGGUUGCUGAAAGAGACGCCGUACGCAGAUGGGAAUAGCUGUAAAUAAAAGGCUGUACGACGAACUGAAGAGAUCACGCUUUGGCAAAUUGAUCGGCACUAAAAGGAAAUUGCCCCCCGAUUCCAGAUUAAGCGCUGUGUGUAUGCAAAUGUCAUCACCGACCCAUUCAGUGCCCAUAGAAGGACAUUUGCAUUAACAGCAAUCUCUGAUUUGUGCAUCUGGUGCAGCUGGUUACCCAUGUUUAUGAAAUCAUAGCACUGAAUGUAAAACACAGCGUAUUUACCUAAUGGCUCCAUUCUGAGGACCAGAGUUUACUUUCCAGACCCGUUUCUCUCCACUGCUGCUGAAACGCUCGGUAAUGCAAUGGGAGCCAUGCCUGGCAGGAGAAAACCAGAAACGGUGGUUUAGGUUUUGAUUGGGGUGCUGCUGGGGGUGGUGGUGGUGUUCUAUUGCAUCUUCAGUCAGGUUUCAAGUCACUGCCAGCUAUGGGAACCACUGAAUACCUGAGUAACUUGUUUUCAACUUCCUUAAGUUGCAAAGGAAAUUGCUCGCCAAGGCAUGAAACCAAAAUAAUCAGGAUGGAGAGAAGGAAGGAGAGAAAAUAAACAUCAUUAAUCGUAUGUAAACUAAUGAAAGGGGAGAGCGGAGCGCUCCGAGCUCCGCACAAGAAGCAGAUAACUUUGGAGAGCCACUGUGUUACAGGAGGAGCUGCUCCAUGGCAGCACUGCCACUCCUUGCUGCCACUAUUAGGCCGGCAGUUUGGAGCAUGCUUCAUCAAAAGGGCAGCAGCAUGAUUGAUUCACCACUCGUUAACGAUAACAUACACUGGUUUAGAUUAAUUAGCAACCCGGUUUUGUUCUAGAAGCUGUAUUCCCGCUUCACCUUCGCUGACAUGCUAUUUAAAUAGAUGACAGUUUUUAGGAAAUUUGCAGUUAGAGUGCCAUAAUUAUAGACCAUACAGCACAAACCCCAGAACAGUAUUCAUGUUCCCACAGCGGGCAAAGGGCUCUUUCCUGGUUGUUUUCUCAGCCACAGUGUCUCCACACACAGCUGAAUCGCAGACGGCCAGAAACACACCCUUAAAACCAACUUCUACUCCCACUUUUGCAAGUGGACCUCCAAGCAAAGGACAGGGGUUCAUGCAGUGCCAGAACUGCAGCCCUCAAGGCGUCCUUAUCACACGGAGCACAGCAGAAGUGCUGUGUGUAUAUGCACGUAAAGGACUUCAUCCAAAUGAGAAGAUUCUACAAUGCAAUCACACACGAGCAUGUGGGACAGAGACACGAACGUACCUGGGCCCUGACAGCGAGCUUUUAUACAAAGAAGUUGCACAGUUGAUAUACUUCCAAGUCAUUGUCUUGGUUAUCAUCUUUUGUUACGCUCAAAAAAGUUAAGCCUACCACAGAGCAGCCCGAAAUAAUUUAUUCCUUGACAGGUGGCCAAUUUUUAUCUCAUCUGAACCAAAUUUCACUGGUGUAAUUCCAAACAAUUAUUCUAAUGCAGAAAUAAAGAAUAAAUUCAAGUGUGUUUAUCUCAGCCCAUUUUGAAUAAAUUGAGCUUUUAUCAAAUCAGCCA